AGAAGGCGCGAGAGGCAGAUCUCAGAGUCUGCGACCCGGCUCGGCCUGGGGUAGGAACCGCUGUGUCCGGUCCGCGCUCCGCCCUCAGAGUCCGAUGGCGGCGGCCGCACUGAGGGACCAGGCUCAGGAUAUAACCUUUGAGGAUGUGGCGGUCUGUUUCUCCCAGGAAGAGUGGAUGCUCCUUGAUGAGGCUCAGAGGCUCCUGUACUGCAAUGUCAUGCUGGAGAACUUUGCACUCAUAGCAUCCCUGGGUUAUUGCUGUGGAACAGAGAAUGAGGCAGUAACUUCUGUGCAGACUGUAUCUAUAGAUGGAAUGUCAGAGGUCAGCACUUCUGAGGCGGGUCCAUCUACCCAGAAGACUCAACUCAGUGAGAUAUGUGUCCCAGUCUCAAAAGACAUCUUGUACCAAGCUGAGCAGGAAACCACACACCUUGUGCAAAGAUUAUACCUGGAUGGCACAAGUGUGAGAGGCUUCUGUUUGGGUGCAAACCUUCACCAAUACCAAAAGUGUUAUAGUGGAGAAGAGACCUGGAAAAGGGAGAUGGAUAGGGAUAUGUUUGUGACAAGCUCCAGAUUUCAUGUUUGGACAAAUCCUUUCUCCUGUGACUUCCCAGCCACCAUAGGCCCACUCCAGCACUCAGUUACUCCCAACAGUGAGGAGCCACACAAUAGCAGCAGGAAGUGUGUGCAAACAUUUUUCAGCACCAAAAGUUAUCACAAGUGGGAUGAAUGCACAAAAGCCUCAGGCCACAAACACACACUUGUUCAACAUCAAAGUGUCUGCUCUGAAGGUGAGCUUUACAGCUGUAGUAAAUGUGAGAAAGCUUUCUCUUUCAAGAACGUACUUGUUCAGCACCAGCAAAUUCACACUGGUAAAAGGACAUAUGAGUGUAGUGAAUGUGAGAAAUCUUUGAGCAAAAAGUACAACCUUAUUGCACACAAGCGAAUUCACACUGGAGAAAUGCCUUACGAGAGCAGUGAAUGUCAGAAAGCCUUUAUCAAUAAAUCUGACCUCAUUCAGCACAGGCAACAUCACACUGGAGCAAUGCGUUAUGAAUGUGGUGAAUGUAGGAAGUCCUUUAGCUACAAAUCUAACCUUACUGAACACCAGAGAGUUCACACUGGUGAAAGGCCUUAUGAGUGUGGUGAAUGUGGGAAAUCCUUUAGACAAAGCUCUAGCCUCUUUCGACACCAAAGAGUUCACACUGGAGAAAGACCUUAUGAGUGCUGUGAAUGUGGGAAAUCCUUUCGGCAAAUCUUCAAUCUCAUUCGACACAGGAGAGUUCAUACUGGAGAAAUGCCUUAUCAGUGCAGUGAUUGUGAGAAAGCCUUUAGCUGCAAAUCUGAACUCAUUCAACACCAAAGAAUUCACAGUGGAGAAAAGCCUUUUGAGUGCAGUGAAUGCAGGAAGUCCUUUAGACAGUUCUCUAACCUUAUUCGACAUCGCAUGGUUCACACUGGUGAUAGGCCUUAUGAGUGCAGUGAAUGUGAGAAAGCCUUUAGCCGUAAAUUUAUCCUCAUUCAACACCAAAGAGUUCACACUGGAGAAAGGCCUUAUGAGUGCAGUGACUGUGGGAAAUCUUUUACCCGCAAAUCUGACCUCAUUCAACACCGGAGAAUUCAUACUGGGAUGAGACCCUAUGAGUGUGGUGAAUGUGGCAAAUCUUUUAGACAACGGUCUGGCCUCAUUCAACACCGGAGAAUUCAUACUGGAGAAAAGCCUUAUGAGUGUAGUAAAUGUGGAAAAUCGUUUAGUCAAAGUGCUAGCCUCAUUCAGCACCAGAGAGUUCACACUGGAGAAAAGCCUUAUGAAUGUAGUGAAUGUGGGAAAUCAUUUAGCCAAAGUUCUAGUCUCAUUCAGCACCAGAGAAGUCACACUGGAGAAAGACCUUAUGAGUGCAAUGAAUGUGGAAAACCCUUUACCCACAAAUCGGACCUCAUUCAGCACCAAAGAGUUCACAGUGGAGAAAGACCUUAUGAAUGCAGUGAAUGUAGGAAAUCCUUUAGCCGCAAAUCUAACCUUAUUCGACAUCAGAGAGUUCACCCUGAAUAAAGACCUUAAAUGUGCAGGGAAGGUGCUAUUACUCUGUUAAAUAUGACAGCACUGGAUGAGAAUGCAUGGAAGUCAUGUAUCUAAAUUUAAACUUCAUGAAAAUCUUCAAUGAGGGAUUUUUCAUAAGUUUGAGGUA